AUGGCGUCAAACAUGCCAGUGCCGAGGCCCCCACGGACGCCGACGCCGCCUCCUGACGAAGACGAAGAUGCGCCACAACCGAUUGGAUUGGGAUUCGAAGGCGAGCUAUCUGCCGGCGACCUGGGUUUUGAUCCGAAUGCGCUCUCGCCCAUGUCUGCCACCUUUCCUCACAGACAGUACGCGACUCUACGACCGAGCGAUUCCAUCUCCCAGAUGGCGUCGCCAAACACGCUCUAUACGCCCACAAGCGCGACCUUCCCAUACACGCCAGCAAGCGCUGCAAGUGGAACUCUCAAUACCGAAGCACACUCCAUGAGCGGAACGGAGAAUCCAAAUCCUUUCAAUUUCCAGCCAGUCGCAUACCAGCCUGGGCAAGCCCAGGUCAAACAAAAUGAUAUUGGUCGCCGGCGAGGGCACAAGUACAAACACAGCAGUGUCUCCCAUCAGAUCUUCCUCGAGCCAGCAACACGAGCCCCUCUCCAACUUCCGGCUUCGCUUCCCAUCCCGACUUUCAACGAGUACCGGUCUUCCAUGUCCAAGGACCAGAAGCUACGGCUCGCAUGGUGUUUCUGUCAUUUAGUUGUGGCCGGUCUUGUGCAAUGGGGUGCACACGAGUCGCUGGCCCUCACGGUGCUGUCUCGGCUGCUGUUCUACGAUGCCCUUGGGGCUUUCCUCUGCGUGGCUGUCGACGUGGGCUCCAAUUUUGAGGUCUGGAAACGAUCCAGCAUCCGUUAUCCCUUCGGAUUUGAACGCCUGGAGGUGAUUGCUGGGCUGGGCAUGUCUGUGGGGCUUUUGUUCAUGGGACUGGAUCUCAUAUCUCAUGGUUUGACCCAUGCCCUGGAAAACUCGGGCGGGCAUCAUGCGCAUCACGCCGACGGCCACGAGCGCAUAUCUCCUGGCAGCAUUGAUCUUGCCGCCCUCAGUGGCAUUGUUUCGACGUUGGUGUCGGCGAUUCUGCUGAAGAAUCACGCUCGGAUUGGGAAGGUGAUGCGACUGAGUGCUAUUGCCAACCUACCGUGGGUGCUGAGCAACCCUUCGCAUUUCCUAACACUUUCCUGCUCCACACUCCUUCUACUGCUGCCUCUUCUGAGCAUACAGAUGUACGUCUGGUUGGAUCGUACGCUCUCCUUCUCGGUGGCAUUUGCCAUGGUGGCACUUGGCUGGAUACAAGGUUGGACCUUGGGAAAGAUGCUGCUCAUGUCCUAUUCAGGACCCGGAGUGUCGGAUGUCAUGUACGACCUAGAGAUAGACCCAGCGAUCAGCACCGUCGAGGAAGCGAAAUUCUGGCAGGUCCAUUACGGACUGUGCCAGGCCAAUUUGAGAUUACGUGUGCGUAAUCUGGACGAAAUUGGACGACUGCGCGAUCGCAUCGCUAGCAUGGUGCGCAAUCGCUUAGGCGGAGGCUAUGGCAGUGGGGGACAGAGGUGGGAGGUGUCCACACAGAUUACACUGGAGAAGGACUAA